GGCCUCCACCCAGCUUGGCGGACUUUCGACUUGAAGCCGGGAGGAAGGGGAACAGGAAGGCCGUUCUGGGAGCAGCGAGCACACGGGUGGCAACCGGAGGCCCCGCAAUGGCCAAGUUUCUUUCCCAGGACCAAAUUAAUGAGUACAAGGAAUGCUUCUCCCUGUACGACAAGCAGCAGCGGGGGAAGGUGAAAGCCACUGAUCUCCUGAUGGUGAUGAGGUGCUUGGGGGCCAGCCCGACGCCGGGGGAGGUGCAGCGGCACCUGCAGACUCAUGGGAUAGACAGAAAUGGAGAGCUGGAUUUCUCUACUUUCCUGACCAUUAUGCACAUGCAAAUAAAACAAGAGGACCCAGAGAAGGAAAUUCUUUUGGCCAUGUUGAUGGCGGACAAGGAGAAGAAAGGCUACAUCAUGGCGUCUGAACUGCGGUCAAAACUCAUGAAACUGGGAGAGAAGCUCACCCACAAAGAAGUAAAGAAACAUUUCAAAGAAACUGACAAUGUCUUCCAGACAGAGACCGAUGUCCCUUCCUCUGGCUGUGGGAGAAGGAAAGAUGAUACUAGAAUGGAUGAUCUUUUCAGGGAAGCAGAUAUUGAACCUAAUGGCAAAGUGAAGUAUGACGAAUUUAUCCACAAGAUCACCAUUCCUGUGCAGGACUACUGAAUGAGGAGAAGGCAAGAGAGCCUCCCCUGGGCCGGAAAACUCAAGACUGAUGAAUCUUUAAAAAGAAAAGCGUUCCUUUCACUUGCGGGAGAUGGCAAACACAGCAAGAUGACAUACCUGACCACAGGAGAGGGUAACUUAGCAAGGAAACGAAACGAUUUCAGCUACAGUAUUAGCAUGUCUUUAAUAAAAGACUGUCACUGAUUUUAAUAACUAACUACCAUCAGUCUAGCCCUUUAUAUCAUGGAAAGAGCCUAUGGUUUAGAGUUGGGCCAGGGUUCCAGUCCUGACUCUGCCACUUCCAAGUCAGGUGAUUUUGGGCAAAUCAUUUCACCCCUCAAAGGCUUAGGAUCCUUCCUCACUGAGGUUGGAUUCCUACUUCUUACCUCAUGGAGCCUGUUGAGAAUGGGCUUCAAAAGGUCUCUGCAAAUUGUAGGGCACUGUGUAAUCCUGGGUUGCCAUGGCCGUGCUUCUCCGAAAAAGGGCAAUUUACCGAAAGACUAAUUUGGGUGCUAGAAUCAUCUUCCGCAUUUCCAAGAUAAAGCUAGCUGAGAAACAGCAACAAGCAGAGAGCUCAAACUAUGGCAACAGUUCUUGCAGCACCACAGGGUCACAUACAAAUUCUCAUUCCCAGUGCAUACUAAUGUAGUUCAGGAUAUUCAUUCACAAACAGGAUAAAAAAUAGGUUUAAAACAAGGCAGCAUCAGCUAAACCCUGGGAAGAGUGAUCUGACUACACCCCAAACCAAAGGAAACCAGAUGUGAUGAGUUGCAUUCACUGAGGCCUUGCAGAGCUUGAGACCUGUUAUGAUGCUUCGGUCAGAAUUCUGAGCUCCUCCCUGACCCAUGAUCAGAGAGGUUCAUGGGACUGGGAUGGUCUGCUCAAGUGGGCCGAACUAAUGAUGGUUUCAAGCCAUUUCCUCAGGACUAAUGGAAAGUAAUAAGGGGAUGGAACAGGCCACAGCCAUGACCCAGCGAGAGCCCUGGAAAACAAUAGUAGGGGUACUGGUCCUGCCGGGAGCUUUUCCAGCACAAGUGGCUUUUUAAGUUAGUUAUGUAGCCAGGAGGUGCCAGGCUGGUGCUGCCUGUGCACUCAUCAAAGUUGUGGAUCCAUUGCUAGCGCCAGCACAGCCCUAAAACGGGCUGGCGUCACACACCAGCAUGCUGAGCGGGGAGCAAGGCAGAACCCUUAACUCCAGAGAUUUUCAUCCUUAUAUGUAUCAAAACUGGGAUCUCUGGGCUGUGGCUUUUUCUAAUUGUGCCUUAGUGGCUAAAGCAAAAGAAAACCAAAUUAAGAGGGAGGUGCGUCUCUGGGGAGGUUUACACAGAACACAAAUCUAAAGGGCCAGGAACAAGGGAAACUUCAGGGGACAAAACAGUCACAGCCUUAGUGCAGCUAUCUCAUGAUGCUGCACGGCCUCAGACCAAAUGGAGGUCCUGAGAAAGGAGAGCCGCUUUCAUUUCCCCAACAGUGUAACUGCCAAUGAAGUGAGUAGAAAUUCCUAGGAGCUGUAGAGACGGCUUCUGUGGGGGCAGGCAAUAUAUGGGCCCCAAAACACCAGCCUGUGAUCGUCAACCUGGGGAUCUUAGGCUCACACGGUACAGGGGCAGAUCCAGGUUUUGUGAGGUCUGAGGGUUAUACGAUUCGGCAGCCUUCUUUAAGAAUAUUACAGUAGAAAUACAGAAUUACUAGGGCUGCUCCUGGGACCCUGGAAGAGACCAGAGCAAGUGAGGGGCCCUGGUGCUUAAACUUCAUUACCUUCGUGGUAAAUCCAUCUGAGGGCUGGUUAGAUGUUGGCACCCCAUGUUGAACUGCUGUAUUUCACUUUCAGGCAAGGCUCAAGGGUCCUAGUGCGCCACAUUUCUUUUUAACUCAUCGUGGACAUGAGGAAGUUAGUCCUGCACAGCCACUCUGGAAUACCAAGGAUUAGACAGUAGAUACCUGUGAUUUAGAUGGGACAGGAAAAGGAAGUUCUGGGCUAUAACAAUAAACGAGGGUACGUUCCCUCAAAGCUUUGUCUUCAUAUGCCACUGAAUGGUACCCGUAUGGUUUCAAAGCAAGUUUUAUGAAUCUCAUUUGCCUAACAGGAAUCUGAAGUAGACCUUGCCAAAAACACAUAAGUGGUGUGUAAUGGCUUUGAGAACCUGGGGCUCGUGUCCACUGACUCAGUGUUCCUCAUUAAGGGUGUUCAGUGGGUAGGAGUCCAAGAUCCUGGGAUGUGCUCUGAUUUAAACUUCUACCGCAGGAAAGGCUCUGACACUACCCCAUGUCUGGGUUUCAUGCUCAUUCCUGAAAUUCCUGUUGGUUUACCUAGCACCAAGUAUUGUUUGCAAAAAAAGGCCACAGUGCUCUUAACAAUCAAAUUGCAGAUUAAACAGAUUUAAAACUAAACGGAUGAUGUGGUUCAUUAUAAAGCUAGCCAUAUUUCAGUAAGAAAGGGGAAUGAUAGCUGUAUAUUUGUUACUUACCUCAAAGCAUGUUGCAAGAGAAUGAGUUACUUGUCAUGCUUUGAAAUCUCUGGAUCAAAGGGGCUCUGGAAGCACAAAGCAUUGUCACUUUUUCUCAUAGGGAUU